UGAAAAUGGAUUGCCUUUUGCAUGCUGCAGCAUAAAGAGUGUGAAUGGUUUAUCGUGCAGCAACCUGUGGAUCAACACCCUUGUGUGUUGCUGGCAGAGGGUUGGGUUUUUUUCUUUUUCCUUCUGAUGAACAUAUUGUCUGAAGCUUCUCUUCAAUAGUAUUGACCCAGCAGUUGCAGCAUCAUCUCUUGGGUGUGCUGCCUCUGAUGUUUAUUUUGCUUCACAGCAUUUAGUUUCCUAGUAAGGCCAAACACCAAGUCCCGUUAAAACCACUGGCGUUUUCAAUGGGGCUUUAAGACUGCUAUCUGUUUGUUCGUAAUUGCAGGGUUAGAAUGUGAGCCAAGGAAAGGAGGAUGUCAGCUUAUGAAUUUCUGUUAUGCCUGCCACAGUCUUACCACCAACAUCAAUUCGCAAGGUGGCUGUAAUGUACAGUAAUCACUGGUGCGUGUUUCACAACUAGAACAUAGAGAGGCUUGCUGUUUGUUGCUGAGCUUCCUGUUUUCAGAGGAUGAGGUUUGGAGGUUUUGUUUCUGAUGUCUGUUUUCUCAUUCUACAGAACUGCCUUCGUGUUGCAUUCCAGGAAGUUAACGGUGCAUGUACAGGGAAGACCUUACUAUACCGGGUAAGGCGGAAGGCUCUGUGGCUGGGGAAGAGUGGCUUGGACGUGUUACUGCGCUCUCUGUUGCACCAGAAUUUCAACGGCUGGGUUUGGCUGCUAAAUUGAUGGAACUACUGGGAGAAAUUUCAGAAGUAAAGGGUGGAUUUUUCGUCGAUCUCUUUGUGAGCGUAUCAAAUCGGGUUGCAGUAAAUAUGUAUAAGCAGCUCGGCUCCCGUGUGUACCGGACAGUAUCGGAGCGCUACUCUGCUAGCAGCGGAGAGCCAGAUGAAGAUGCUUACGAUACGAGGAAAGCUCUUUGCAGAGAUACAGAGAAGAAAUCAAUUAUACCUCUGCCUCAUCCUGUGAGACCAGAAGACAAUGAGUAACUGUAAACUGUGAUUCUCAGACAACCUAGUGUCAGUUUCCUUCUCCCCAAAGCCCCCAAGAGCUCUACAGAGGAGAAAUAUUAGGCUCAAUGUUUUUCCCCGUGAAAUACCAAAAAGCAACGUUGAGAAGCUUCCCAACGCUGCUUCUGUCGGUAUUGGCUGCAUAUUCGUGCUCUUACCCUAUUGUUCUUCCUUUCGAACCGUGGCACUCUGGAGACUAUUAAAAUGGAAUUGCUUCCUGUAUGGUGGUGUCAUGGUUUUCCUUCUCGGCCACAAAACAGUCCCCUCACUUUGUCACUCUCACGGAGCCCUGCUCCGAAACUGA